GCAGGGCGCCGGCGGCCUCAAGGUGGUGGCGCUGGCCCGACUGACGCCCAUCCCGUUCGGGCUGCAGAACGCGGUGUUCUCGAUGACGGAGCUCCCCUUACCCAGCUACCUGCUGGCGUCCUCGGCGGGGCUGCUUCCCACCCAGCUCCUGAACUCAUACCUGGGCACCACUCUGCGGACCAUGGAAGAUGUUAUUGCGGAGCAGACUGUUAGUGGAUAUGUUGUUUUUUGUUUACAGGUUAUCAUCAGCAUCGGCCUCAUGUUCUAUGUGGUCCAUCGAGCGCAAGUGGAGCUAAAGGCGGCUCUUGUCACCUGUGAAGUGGAACUGGAAGCCCCGCUGGUGAGCGGCGGGCAGCCAGACAGCGGCAUCGAUGUCGUGUGACCCCCUACGCGGGAACCCCUGAGUGCAUGCUUGUCGACAGCCUGGUGCUGUCCGGGUGUCGUCCCCCUGGGCAGAGCCGGCCCGAUGUUCUGUGGCACAAACAGGACUGGUUUAAACGGCUCUGCUUUUCUGAGGCGAGAACUUCUGUCUGCGGGCGAGUGGCUGGGUUUGGGCUGCACGGUGACCCAGUCACCCUGCAGAGGCCUUCGGUCUGUACUUCUGUGGUGUCUUCUCUCUGGGGACUUGUGAGCAGAGCAUGACCCAAGGUGUGCUGGUCAGACCUGUUACAAAGUCUGGGAGCCGCCUGCAUCCGUCCUGCUCACAAAAUGCGUGCCCUUUGCCCGGCCACUUUCCAGAAGGGUGAGCAGAGUGGUUCGGUGUGGUUGCUUCCCUGUUUAUUCCCGGUUAGAAGCAGAUGCUGACUUUGGGCUGACCGUGGCCCACCAGCAGGUGUCGUGGCAUGUGUGCCGGUCACGCCCAGGGUCCCCGUCGAGGUUGAAGUGCUCUUACCACCCUUCCUCCCCAGGCAGUGGAGCCGGAGCCACGAGGCUGACAGGUCAGCGCAGACCUGGGGCCGCUGUGCGCUCACUGCUCCUCCUCAAAGGCCGUCGCACGCAGUUUACCCAACCAUUUCAUUAAACACUUUCUUUUUAUUGUCGUCAUUAGGUUUUGAAAUAAAAAUGUUUUCCCUUUAAAAUGGUGGGCUUGCUGUCAUUGAAGGUGUCACUCAGGUGGCCUUAUUGGAUCCAAACACCCUUUUUUAAAAACAAGCUUUAAAAUCAUGUUUGUGAUUCCACUGAAGUUCUUAUGUCCUUGUCCCCAUUGUCUGCAGCUUUAAACUGUAAAUAUGAUGUGAGCCUCGUGCCCGCCGUGUGUCAGUGGCCUGCUGUGGAGCGGGCUCGCUGUUUGCUUCCCAGUUGCUUUUCUCUGAUCAGACUCAGGACCCUGAACUGUGAGCGGUGCUGGGAGCCCUCGUGGGGGCGCACGGGGACUCCCCUGGGCUCAGAGGGCAUGUGCACUCACGCACCACCUGACAUCUGUGAAUUUAAAGAUUCGGUGUUUUUUUUUUUUGUUUUUUUGUUUUUUACAACUAAGAUUAUAGAUGGGAUCCAGGUUUUCUGGUUCAUAUCUCAGUUUGGCAAGAAGAUUCCAACCUAGAGACUCCCACUUGCCUGGCCAUUGGUGGAGCCUUUGCCUGGUUCGCUCCCGGGGGAAGCGCCUUCAGAAGCAGCGUCAUCCUGUCCUGCGCUGAGCGUGCUCAGUGGUAAGUUCUCUGUGCCAGGGCAAGCGCAGUGUUCUUCCUUCCAGCACAUCCCGCUCUCGCCUGCCAGGAACCGGGGCUCAGCCAGCGUCUGCCCGGGGCCUCGGCGCUGGCAGUAGGCCUGCAGCACGCGGGCAGCCUCCACAUUGUCUUUAUCAAUAGAAAAACGCAUAGAUUGGAAUAUUCUUAUUCUUUUUUGAAUCCUAAUUACUUGUUUAGUUCCUUUUUUUGUUUGUUUUUUAAUGAUUUUACAAUGAGCAAUACAUUUGGUCCAUGUCUAACUUGACUUGUGCUCUUCGUUGGUUAGUUUGUUGAAGGAAUCAUUCAUCUAAGGUUAUUACUCUCAAACUUGUGUGCACUUUAUGUAUUUGAAGUGCAUUUAUUUACUUAGCAUUUCAUAACUUGAAUAAUUUCCCCAAACAUAAACCUUUUGGUAGUUCAUAACCUGCUCUUCCAACUGUUGCCUGGCACUUCAAAUAAACAUGUCAAGGUGAAUGAGAAGUGAUUGUUCUGUAUGCUGCCAAUCAUUUUAUAUAAUAAAUUACCCAUUUUUACUUAA